GCUGUGGUGUGUCUGAUUGGCUGGGCUGUUGCCAGGAGGGGAGAGAAGUCUUCCUUCAGUAGUAAAGUAGUUGUACUUCCUGCCUGCCAUGCAAGUCUGUCUCUUCCUGUUUGGAGCAGUUGACGUUAUGUGAUGGGGGUGAGGGCUCCCCCUGCAGGCUUUCCUGAGUACAACUUAGUUAAGGUUUCUCUUAUUAGUUUCCACACCACACACACAGCGUGGCGCCUCUUCUGUGCAUUAUGCUGAGCAAGGAAAGCCAAACACACAGAGCAAAUGAUGUGUCUGCAUGUGUGUGCAUGUGUGUCUCCGUGUGUUUGUGUGUGUGCAUGCAUGUGUUGAGAAGGUGGGCCAGAGCUACCUGUCCUGGUUGUGAGUCUCCACCUUGCAACAUAGGAGCUGUGUGACCUGGGGAAGUGACUUACCUGCCCUGUGCCUCGAUUUGCUCACCUGUCAAGUGGGGAGAAUGGUGGUUCUCCCUUGGCAGGUGCCGUGUGGACCCAUGAGUUACUGUGCGUAAAGUGUGCCGAGCAGCAUCCAGUGCACAGUAAGUUCCGUGUAAGUGCCAGCUCUUGUCAUUAUUAUUUUAUGAAAAUGCUGGUGAUUGCUGCUUUACCAGAGCGUCUCUCCGUGUCCUCACAUAAGGACGUUGUGGUAACACUGUGGGACAGUCCUGCUGGCAUCAUGAUCAGGCUGUGCCUGGAUUAAUGCGCCUGCCCCACGGCUGGAGACCUGGGUGGUUUCCAACCUCGCACCAUUGGUAUGGCCCUGAGGCGAACACCCCAGCAUAGAAAUCCUGGUGGCGGAUUCAUAAUUAUCUCCUUUACCUAAAUUCUCAGAUGCUGCACAGCAUAAGGCUCUUAAUGCGUUUUACCAGCUCGGUCCAGAAACAUUUGGAGGAGUGGCUGCCAGCCCUCGCUGACUCUGGUCAUGGUCUUUUUGCUUUUCCUCUUUGUCCAGUUGAGGGGUGAAAGAUGCACACUCGCUGGAACUAGCGUGUGGACACGCUAAUUCCCUUCAUGUCUGUGGGCCACUUGCAUCUCUUCUGUGAAUUGUUCACACAUUCGUCCAUUCCGUUAUUUGGAUGUUCGGCUUUUCUUGCUGUGUAAGGUCUUUAUAAAUUAAGGGUGUAGGACCUUUGUCUUAUGUUCUCCAAAUGUCUGUUCCUAAUUUUUUCAUCUGAGUUUAUGUUUGUUUUUCAAUUAUCCGGGAGUAACAACAACUUUUGCUUUUUACCUUUCAUGCAGUCACAUCCGUCGAUCUCUCCCCUUCCGGUUUCUCUCGAUCCUGCUGUUGGAGCUGCGCUUGGAUAAUAACUGUGUGUUUGCUUUGGCUGUCCUCGACACGUGUUUUGUUUCUCAGCACCAUGGUCUUCAGAACAUCUGGAGUUCACUUAAUGUAGGGAUCGGCUCCAUGUUUGUCCCCAGGACACUGACCACAUGGACGCCACUCCCACCACGGUCUGGGUGGCCAGGAGACCUUCCCUAGAGCAUCAUGUGGCUGUUGGGGCAGCGGCGUCCACCCCAGGUGGGGGCUAUAGCCCAGCCCCUGCCCUCCAGGUGGGGUCCUCAUGCCGUCUCUCCUCUCUCCCUAGGCACGUGUGCACAAGUGCAGCCGCCCCUGCAGGGCACCCUCCAACUCCUUCGUGGUGAUGGCGCUUCUGUGGGGACUGUCAUUGUGUUCCACUGCCCCUCAGGUCACCAGAUGGUGGGGUCCGGCCUCCUCACCUGUGCCUGGAAGGGGAGUGUCGCCGAGUGGUCUUCAGGGACCCCCGUGUGCAAGGCCGUGCCGCCCUAUGAGACCUUCGGCUUCAAAGUGGCCGUGAUCGCCUCCAUCGUCAGCUGUGCCAUCAUCCUGCUCAUGUCCAUGGCCUUCCUCACCUGCUGCCUCAUGAAGUGCGUGAAGAGGAGCGAGCAGCGGCGCUCCGCCAGGGCGGCCCAGCUGUGGCUUCAGCCGAGAGAUGGGGACUUGGAGACGGUGCAGGCCGCCUACCUCGGCCUCAAAGGCCUGAGUAACAGCAGCGGCGGGGAGCCCAGGAGCCGGCCCGGCCAGGCGCACGACAACCACAGCUUCACCACAGACCCCGGCGAGGGCACCGGAGAGCUCGCCAGCGUGGCCUGUGGUGUGGACAAGGACCCCUGGGCCCCCAGUGGCCCUGCCAGCUCACCCUUUACCCAGGUGAUGGUGCACCCAGUGUACCCGGGGCAGAGGCCGCCUGCCUCCAGGCCCAGCACGAGGAUGCCCAGACAGCUCACCGCCUACAUCCCAGGGUGACUGAGGCCGAGGCCAGAGCUUGCCCUCCACACUGGGAGGGCCAGGCCAGCCCCACCAGCCUGCCACCUGCAUCUCGACACGUUUCCAGCUUGAGAUGGGUCAGUGAAAUUAGCUUCCGGGUUUAGGGAUCCCUCAGGGCGCCAAGCUGGGACCCUGGCGGGGGUGUCAUGUCCCGAGGGAGCCCAGCUGUAGUGGUUUUAUAGACAGGCUUCCUUGAAGCCACCGCUGAGGGUCACAUAACGAGCUGCACCUCCCUCUGGCCGGGCCCCUUAAAGAGACUGGGGGACAUUUUAAGCACAUCUAGUUUUGCAUAGCGAGGGGGGAAAAGCAACCAACUCCUCCUCGGUCGCAGCUCUGCCUCGCCCACUCCCCUGGGGCCCCCCCGCCUGGGGCUGCUGCACCCACUAUCUGGAAAGUUGUGGUGAGGGGUGUGAAAUACACAAUGUUUUCUAAUCCUGAAAAAUACAGAGGUAAAAAUCA